GGGAACAGCCCGGGCUGAUCGUGUGCCGGGUGUCAUGGCUGCCUGCAGGCCGUGCUGCUCCUGUCUCCGGCUCCGGCCGCUGGGCUCUGGUCCCCUAAGUGUAUCAGCUCAUUUGCAAGUACGAACACUAUGGAGUAGCACAAGGUCCAGAGCUGUAUCUGUGGACUUAGGCAACAGAAAAUUAGAAAUAUCUUCUGGAAAACUGGCCAGAUUUGCAGAUGGCUCUGCUGUUGUACAGUCAGGUGAUACUGCAGUAAUGGUCACCGCAGUCAGCAAAACAAAACCUUCACCUUCCCAGUUCAUGCCUUUGGUGGUUGACUAUAGACAGAAGGCUGCUGCAGCAGGUAGAAUUCCCACAAACUACCUUAGAAGAGAAAUUGGUUCUUCUGAUAGAGAAAUUCUUACAAGUCGAAUAAUUGAUCGAUCAAUUAGACCUCUUUUUCCAAUUGGCUACUUUUAUGAUACACAGGUCCUUUGUAAUCUGUUAGCAGUAGAUGGUAUUAAUGAACCUGAUAUCCUAGCAAUUAAUGGUGCUUCAGUAGCCCUCUCAUUAUCAGAUAUUCCUUGGAAUGGACCUGUUGGGGCAGUACGAAUAGGAAUGAUUGAUGGACAAUGUAUUGUUAACCCAACAAGAAAAGAAAUAUCUUCUAGUACUUUAAAUUUAGUGGUUGCUGGAGCACCUAAAAGUCAGAUUGUCAUGUUGGAAGCCUCUGCUGAGAAUAUUUUACAGCAGGACUUUUGCCAUGCUAUCAAAGUGGGAGUAAAAUAUACCCAACAAAUAAUUCAAGGAAUCCAGCAAUUAGUAAAAGAAAUUGGGGUUGCCAAGAGGACACCUCAGAAGAUAUUUACCCCUCCACCAGAUAUUGUGAAACACGCUCAUAACCUUGCCGAAGAGAAACUUUCUGCAGUUUUUAAAGAUUAUGAACAUGAUAAAGUUUCCAGAGAUGAAGCUGUUAACAAGAUAAGAUUAGAUACAGAGGAACAACUAAAAGAAAAUUUUCCAGAAGCUGAUCCAUAUGAAAUAAUAGAGUCCUUCAAUGUUGUUUCAAAGGAGGUUUUUAGAAGUAUAAUUUUGAAUGAAUAUAAAAGGUGUGAUGGGCGUGAUUUGACUUCACUUAGGAAUAUAAGUUGUGAGGUAGAUAUGUUUAAAACUCUUCAUGGAUCAGCAUUAUUUCAGAGGGGACAAACACAGGUGCUGUGUACUGUAACAUUUGAUUCAUUAGAAUCCAGUAUAAAAUCAGAUCAAAUUAUAACAGCUAUAAAUGGGAUAAAAGAUAAAAAUUUCAUGCUGCACUAUGAGUUUCCUCCUUAUGCAACUAAUGAAACUGGCAAAGUCACUGGAAUAAAUAGGAGAGAACUUGGGCAUGGUGCUCUUGCAGAGAAAGCUUUGUAUCCUGUUAUUCCCAAAGAUUUUCCUUUCACUGUAAGAGUUACAUCUGAAGUUCUAGAGUCAAAUGGGUCCUCUUCUAUGGCGUCUGCAUGUGGUGGAAGCUUGGCCUUAAUGGAUGCAGGGGUUCCAGUAUCAUCUGCUGUUGCAGGUGUAGCAAUAGGAUUGGUCACCAAAAUCAAUCCUGAGAAAGGUGAAAUAGAAGAUUAUCGUUUGCUGACAGAUAUUCUGGGAAUUGAAGAUUACAACGGCGACAUGGAUUUCAAAAUAGCUGGUACCACUAAGGGAAUAACUGCAUUACAGGCUGAUAUUAAAUUACCAGGAAUACCAAUAAAAAUUGUAAUGGAGGCUAUUCAGCAAGCAUCAGUGGCCAAGAAGGAAAUAAUACAGAUUAUGAGCAAAACAAUUUCAAAACCUCGAGCAUCCAGAAAAGAAAAUGGACCUGUUGUAGAAACUAUUGAGGUUCCAUUAUCAAAACGAGCAAAAUUUGUUGGACCAGGUGGAUAUCAUUUAAAAAAACUUCAAGCUGAAACAGGUGUAACUAUUAGUCAAGUAGAUGAAGAAACAUAUUCUGUGUUUGCACCAACACCCUGUGCAAUGCAUGAGGCAAGAGAAUUCAUCACUGAAAUCUGUAAAGAUGAUCAAGAACACCAAUUAGAAUUUGGAGCUGUUUAUACUGCCACAAUAACUGAAAUCAGAGACACUGGAGUAAUGGUAAAACUCUACCCAAAUAUGACUGCAGUACUACUUCAUAACACACAACUUGAUCAACGAAAGAUUAAACAUCCCACUGCCCUAGGAUUAGAAGUUGGCCAAGAAAUUCAGGUGAAAUACUUUGGACGUGAUCCAGCUGAUGGAAGAAUGAGGCUUUCUCGUAAAGUGCUUCAGUCUCCAGCUACAUCUGUUAUCAAAACUCUAAGUGACAGAAACAGUAUUAUAAUGGGAGAACCUAUUUCACAAUCAUCAUCUAAUUCUUCUGGGUGAUUUAAAAAAAAAAAUAGAAUUCCAGGGUGAUGUUCUGUAGCAAAUCCUAAGAUGAAGAAUUAUAUAUAGUAUAAAUCAAAUUAUUUGUAUUGGAGUACUCAUUUACAUGUGCCAUUUCUUACAUUGCAGGAAUAAUCUGUAUUUGUUUAUUCUUAUUUACAUUAUAAAUCAAUAAAUAUUUAUUAAAAGUAAACCAUUUAUACAUCUUAGGGAAGAUUACCCUUUUGUUUCUUUGGUUCUGAAAUACCCAAAAACCUUAAAAUAACAGAUCAGGGAUGGGGGUGUAACUCAAUGGUAGAAAAUUGCUACCAUAUGUGAGGGCCUGAGUUCAAUCCCUAACAUCACACACAUAGAAAGAUCACAUACGAUAAAUAAAUCUCUUCCUACAUCUCAUUUUUCUUCUUUGUAUAGUUUUGCUUUAGUCACUUAUUAUGGCUUACCUCUUUGCUCAACAAUGUUUUUUUCUUUUUUG